CAACUAAGUCACAUUAAUUACAAACAUAGAACAUAGGGAGUUACAUACAUCACAACCAAUACCGGUACAAAAAGAGCUUACAAUCUAAAUGGAAGGGAAUAAGACACAAGGCGUGGGAUCAGAUAUAAGCGGGUGAGAGAUGUAGUACUGUAUGUGGUAUUGCAUUUGGUAGUUAAGCAGAGGUAGGGAGGGUUCUCUAAAUAAGUGUAUUUUAAGAGAUCUUUUGAAGGCAGAAAGGUUGGGAGAAAAUGUCAGAGAGAGAAUUGUAUGUGAAUGUCCUUCCCUCCUUUAGCUCAGUGUUUCAUGGAAAUGUUUUUUCCCUUGCAGAACAUCACUACAGGAGAGAGUUCGGGAAGAUCGACGACUUAGCCAACUUCCUGAUCCGAUAUGCAGCCACCCACCAGUACCUGACUAGGGCGAACCUCGUCUACUUCAUCUACGUGGUCAUGAAUCAGGAACAACUGGAUAAGAUUGUGGCUGAUUUCCAGCUGCCGGAAUCACCUCUCAGAGACAUCAAAAUGGAUCCAGAGGAGGUUGCUGAAGCCUUGAAAGCUUUAAGAUCAAUAUCGGAGGGCAUGGAGAGAAAACUCCUCGAGAAGGAGAAGGAGCUGGAAGAAGCUGCCAUGACCAGUCAACAGGAAAAAGUGGAGGAAGAUCACCUGCAGGAAGAGGAGAACCAUCGGGAGGAGCAAGAAGAGGUGGAACACCAUGAAGAGGAACAAGAGGAGCAAAAGAAAGAUCAAGAUGAAGAUGUUCCUGCUGAAAAGAAAGAGGAUAUGGAAGAACUGGAGAAGGAGGUUCCUCCAGAACAGCAAGAGGAGGAGAUGGAACAAGAGGAGCAAAAAAAGGAGCAAGACGAAGAUGGUCCUGCUGAAAAGAAAGAGGAUAUGGAAGAACUGGAGAAGGAGGUUCCUACAGAACAGCAAGAGGAGGAGAUGGAACUGGAGGAACAAGAGGAGCAAAAGAAGGAACAAGAUGAAGAUAUUCCUGCUGAAAAGAAAGAGGAUAUGGAAGAACUGGAGAAGGAGGUUCCUCCAGAACAGCAAAAGGAGGAGAUGGAACUGGAGGGACAAGAGCAGCAAAAGCAGGAACAAGAGGAAGAUGUUCCUGCUGAACAGCAAGAAGAGGCAGAAGAACAGAAGAAAGUGGUUCCUCUUGAACAGCAAGAAGACAUGGAAGAACUGGAGAAAGAAGAGGUGAUAGAAGUGGAGGAAGAAGAGGAACAAAAGCAGGAACAAGAAGAAGAUGUUCCUGCUGAACACCAAGAAAAGGGGGAAGAACUGGAGAUAGAUAUUCCUGCCGAAAUUAAAGAAGAGGUGAUAGAACUGGAGGAACAAGAGGAGCAAAAGAAGGAACAAGAUGAAGAUAUUCCUGCUGAAAAGAAAGAGGAUAUGGAAGAACUGGAGAAGGAGGUUCCUCCAGAACAGCAAAAGGACGAGAUGGAACUGGAGGGACAAGAGCAGCAAAAGCAGGAACAAGAGGAAGAUGUUCCUGCUGAACAGCAAGAAGAGGCAGAAGAACAGAAGAAAGUGGUUCCUCUUGAACAGCAAGAAGACAUGGAAGAACUGGAGAAAGAAGAGGUGAUAGAAGUGGAGGAAGAAGAGGAACAAAAGCAGGAACAAGAAGAAGAUGUUCCUGCUGAACACCAAGAAAAGGGGGAAGAACUGGAGAUAGAUAUUCCUGCCGAAAUUAAAGAAGAGGUGAUAGAACUGGAGGAACAAGAGCAGAAAAAGCAUGAUCUAGAAGAAGUUCCUGCUGAGCAAAAACAGCAGCAGCCAACCCGGAGAAGAAGGGUUGCAAUCAGGCUCCAGAGGAUCUGGCGUUCCACCAAGAAGUUCUUCCGAGGGAUAAACUGUCGUCGCCCCACUCCUGCGCCGUAAAUACUUUGCACCCACACUGGAACCCACACAAGCAUUCACACAUACACUUACACACGCACCCUCCCUUCCACACACACAUAUUAAAUGAAUCAUUCAGUAUUAA